CACCCCCGUUUUGCAGAUAAGGGCGCCUCGCCUUUACCGCUCGUUGCACGCCUGGUGCUUUCAGUUAACCCUCUCUCGGUUCCUAUUACCGUUUCCAUAGACUGAGUUAGGCUGAGAGAGGUUGGUGGCUUGAGCUGAGGUCACACAGCUUGCAACUGAUGGAGUCUCCGGGUCGCAUAACUCCCACCUUGCUCGCGGCAGAGUUCAGAUUUCCAGGUGUUCUGGUUCACAAUGGCUGAUGAGGAAGAUUUGCAGAAAUUUCUUAAAAAUGUGGAUGAAAUCACCAGUUUAAUCCAGGAGAUGAAUUCUGAUGACCCACGCAUACAGCAGAAAGCUAUCCUGGAGACAGAACAGAGGCUACUGUAUACAGAGGAGGUCCCGGAGGAGGAUGGGUGCCGGACCACCCUGAACAAGACGACGAUCAACCGUUCACAAGCUCCCAUGGAGAAUGCAGAUGAGAUAAACUCAGAAGCCUUCUUGGCAUCUAUGGAGUUGGAUGCAAAAGAACGUGCCAGGAGAAGAAGGGAAAACAGAGUCUUAGCAGAUGCCCUCAAAGACAAGGGGAACAAAGCCUUUGCCAGAGGCGACUACAAUGCAGCUGUCCUGUGCUACAGUGAGGGUCUGAACAAGGUGAAGGACAUGAAAGUGCUGUACACCAACCGAGCCCAGGCUUAUCUAAAACUCGGGGACUACCAGAAGGCAAUAGUGGAUUGUGAGUGGGCUCUGAAGUGUGAUGAAAAAUGCACAAAAGCAUAUUUCCACAUGGGAAAAGCCCACCUGGCCCUGAAGAACUACAACAUGUCCAGAGAGUGUUAUCAGAAGAUCUUAGAAAUAAGCCCCAAGCUGCAAACCCAGGUGAAAGAUUCUCUGAAUCAAGUCAAUCUCCAGGAAAAAGCAGACCUUCAAGAGAAGGAAGCCCAACGAUUGCUGGAUUCGGGAAAGCAUGCAGCUGUGACAGUCAAGAAUCUCCUGGAAACUCUUUGCAAGCCUGACCAGAACCCCUUGUUCUAUGCAGGGGGGAUUGAAAUCCUGACUGAGAUGAUGAAGGAUUGCACAGAACAGACUUUAUUCAGAACACACAACGGAUUCAGUAUCAUCAGUGAGAAUGAGGUCGUAAGAAGGUGCUUUUCCGCAACAGGAAAAGAUGUGGUGGGAGAGACGGUGUGUGUGUCUGUCCUCAGGCUCUGGCAGGCGGUGUGCAGCGGGAACGAGGAGAACCAGCGCCUGCUGCUCCUGUGUCCCAACCUGGGCAGGCUGCUGCCCUCCUUGCUGGCCACCAGGCUGCUGACCGUCCGCCAGCAGAGCUUUGCCCUGCUGCUGCAGCUCACCCAGACGGACUAUGGACGGAGCCUGGUCAUCAGCCACCUUGACCUGACCCGAUUGUUGGAAGCCCUGGUGUCAUUUCUUGAUUUCUCAGAUAAGGAGGCCAACUCAGCUAUGGCACUGCUCACAGACUUGGCUCUGGAUGAAAGAUUCCGAGUCUGGUUCCAGGCCAACCUUCCAGGUGUGCUCCCAGUGCUCACAGGUGUUCUGGAGAGAGAUCCCAUGGUAACCAGCCCCUCUGCGCUCUGCCGGUGCAUUGCCCUCAUGGGGAACCUCAGUGCUGAGGCUGCCGUCCGGAGACAGAUGUUUGCUUCUGAAGAGUUCAGGGAGGCCUGCUUGGGCCUCAUGGCCAGAUGUGAAGAGGACAUGGACUUUUUCAGAGAAGUCAUGUACACACUCCUAGGACUUGUGAUGAACUUGUGUCUUCAGUCCCCCUUCGUCUAUGAGCAGGUUUGGGCUGUGGAGGUGAGCAGGAAGUGCAUGUUUCUACUGAACAGCCAAGAUGGAGGGAUCCUGACGAGAGCUGCUGGCGUCCUCAGCCGCACCCUUUCUUCCUCCCGGAAGAUGGUUGAGGAGGCCCUGAGAGCUGGAGUGGUGAAGAAGAUGAUUAAGUUCCUGAAGACGGGGGGCCAGACUGCAUCACGAUAUGCCAUAAAAACACUAGCUGUCUGCACGAAUAGCCAUUAUGAAGCACGAGAAGAAGUGAUAAGACUGGAUAAAAAGUUUGGCAUUCUGAUGAAGCUGCUCAGCUCCGAGGAUGAGAUGGUGGUGGGCAAUGCCGCCCUCUGCCUGGGGAACUGCAUGGAGGUGCCCUAUGCUGCAUCCUCCCUGUUGAAGACGGAUGUCGUGCAGGUGUUGUUAAAGCAUGCCGGUGGCGAUGCGCAGGAGACAGCCGUGCAGCUGAACGCGGGGAUCGCUCUGGGGAAGCUGUGCACGGCCGAACCCAGAUUUGCUGCUCAGCUGCGGGAGCUGCAUGGCAUAGAGAUUCUCAACUCCACGAUGAAGUACGUCGCCGAUCCUUAAAACACGUGGCGUCUGUGCACGGUUUCACAAACCCAGGACUAUGUGCUGUGGGUGGUCCCUGUGGUAAUAAAGACUUUUUGAAUGUCCA